GAAAGGUCAAGAUGGUGCUAAUGGAAGGCCAGGGGCCGAUAGGAGCAGUGAACAGCAACCUAUCUAUAAGAGUAGUGAUUGCAUUGGACUGUAUUCUGGAUGUAAUGAUAAAACUUCCAGAAACGGCAUUACUGGAGGUAACGGCGGUGAUGGUGGAUAUGCUGGCAAAUCCGGCAAAGGUGGUAAUCCUGGGARGACAAGAAUCUUCWCCAAUAAACAAAAAGGGAAUAUACAAUUAAAAACMUGUCGAGGAAAUGGAGGUUCCGCAUCUGUUAAUGGAAAGGGAGGAGCUGGUGGUGCUGGGGGGAAAGCAGGCCGUGGGGUAAGAUGUAAAAGAAGAAUACAGGCGAGUCAGAUGGGAACGUUUACCUUUUGUGACUAUAAAGGCGACAUUAACUAUUCAGACGGUCUACUGGAAGAAACGGAAGAGAUGGGAAGACUGAGGUUGGUCCUGGAUUAAAUGGUGCAGCAAUAAAGAGGGGCGACUUGAAAAAACAUUCUUUAGAAAACCAAUUGGAAAAGUUCCCUUUGCCGCUGAUCAAGAUCUUGGCAGGACUCGCUGAGGAUAACAUCUGGCUUAAUAACAUUGAGAAGGCAGAAAAUAUUCUCAAAUUUCUUGUCACUUUGACAGAAGGAAGGGAAGAUGCAUCCGAGUUUCUAAAAACUGCAAAGCGAAGGUUGGCGUUUUUGAACAAGGACRGAUUUGACAGAUUUGGUAGAAAUAAACUUUUCGCACCCCUUUUAAGAUGGGAAACCUUUAAGGAUGAGAUUCUGAAUGUUCGAUCUUAUGCAAGGGUAUACGAAGAUGCCUACAAUGAGCUACAGCAAGCCAUUCAAAGGAAAUGUGCCACCGAACAGAUAUUAACAGCAGUACCACAAUCAGCUUUAGCUCAAGUUAAUGCUCAAAAAGCAAGACUCAUUCAAGACAGGAACAUAUCAUGUACCGAGAAAAACCUUUAUGUACCGGCUAUCAAGGAGCUAGAAGUUACCAUGGACGACGCUCUGAAGCGAGUAAAUGACCUUGCUCCAGMUGUAACCGGUCWAGCGCAGUUUAGCCCGGCGGACUUUCUUGCAAUACUUCAAGGCGUCACUGGUUUCAUGGGUUCUGYUGCUGGAGGUUCCGCAUCAGGCGCUUUGGGUGACGCACUGGGUUUAAUUGGGGAAUUUGCUUUAAAAUGCCCCCUUGGCUCCCUAGAAAAAAUAAAAGGGAGUAUUAACAAAUGGCUAGAGUUUGGCGAAGCGUACCAAGCUCUUCAGGACUCAAGUGAAUUGGAUUUUGAUAAAUUAGAUCCAGGAGCUGUACCAGWAAUGAUGCAGGCAAAUCUUGACAUGAACAAAGAGGGUCUUGCAGCUGGUCUCGUGUGUUUGCUCGAGGGACGGUUACAAGAACACCAAACAGCAGAAUUAAAACAACAAAUCGAAAGGUUCUUCAUUGCCGGGUCUGCAAGGAUUGACCUCAUCGCAAAAAUCAUUGAUUUAGACAAUGACAUCGGUGGCCACAACUUCAACAUACCAAAUUUGGAAGAGACAGCAAACAAACUCGAAAGUCUUAGCAAUAAUGAUGGAUCUCCCAUUGCUGAGGCUAUCCAACAAACGUUWCUUGACGAUCUCCUGACUUCUUAUCAGAACAUGGAACUUACAUUUUUAGAGAAACUGUUGCUGCUGUACAAAAGCUUUGAGUUUCGCACACUCUGGCCUGUCAGUGAAACAUUGAUUGGAUUUCAGCGAACUGCAACCCAGGCAGCUCCGACCACUGGGCAGCUCCAAGGCAUUCUUCAGCUGAACAACGCCCUACAGGCAUUGGAUACCAUCGAAGAAAAAGGAAUACGCUGUUUUACUAAGUUUGAAUACGUUACUGACACUCACAAGUGGUCAUUCGAUAAAGAUAGAAACCCAACGCUUUUUGAGGGCUUACAUAAAGGUCAAGCAACUUUUCACCUUYCCAUCAAAGACAGCUGCGAAACCUGUUACAAUAUUCGUYUUCUAAAGCUUAUUUGUCACGUGCGCAGUCUAGCGAGGACUCAAGGACUCGCGGGGAAAGAGAGUCCAGUAUAA